AUGGAUUACAACAUGGUCAGAAUGAUCAUACAUGGCGCGUUAGCCAUCUUAAUAAAUGUCUUUGUCUCAAAAUAUAAUCGGCUGCUCUCACUAAUAUUCAGGAUCAUGAUUUGGAGCAAGCAUCUGAAAACGGGUGUGAAAGUGAAGUACCUCGAUAAGGAGGGCUACCGGUUCAGCUACUUCACCCGAGGGGAGCCCGGAUGCCAGCCAUCUGUGCUGAUGCUUCAUGGAUUCUCACUCAACAAAGACAUGUGGUUAAAUAUCAUCCAAGACUUUCCUAAGGACCUCCACUUGAUCUGCCUUGAUCUGCCAGGUCAUGGGGGCACCACUUGCUUGCUGGCAGAAAGUCACACAGCAGAUGCUCAGGCUAAAAGGCUACACCAGUUUGUCGAGUGUGCUGGCCUGAACCACAAACCUUUCCACCUGGUUGGCAUGUCCACGGGAGGCAUGGUUGCUGGGGUUUACGCAGCUCUCUAUCCAAGCCACGUCUCCUCCUUAGCCCUCCUUUGCCCAGCUGGUCUCAAGAUUCCAAAACAAAGUGAGCUGUUUGUUUGGUUACAAAAGCUAGUUUUCUCUAAGGAACCUGCUGACAAUGCUCUUGUUUCAGUUACCGAGCAAGAAACAGAAAACAUCAUUAAACUUUGCUUAUACCAACCCAGCUUUUUAAAGAUGCAGUUCCUAAAGAGAUACCUUGCGGAUCGAAGACCACAUAAGAUGUUUUUUGUAAUGUGUUUUCUGGACCUCACCAGUACUGAGUCGAAGUACAGCCUCCAUGACAACAUGAAGAAAAUCAAAGCUCCCACCCAGAUCAUUUGGGGAAAGGAGGACAAGGUCUUUGACUCUUUGGGUGCAGAAAUCUUGGCAGCUGCCAUUCCUAAUUCCCAAGUGCAUCGGCUAGAAAAAUGUGGACAUUUCAUAGCCCUCGAGAGGCCCAGGACAUCCGCGCGGCUCCUCUUGGAAUUCUACAAAUCGGUCUGUGACUCAGCCAAGCAUAAGAAGGUGGCCUGA